AUGGCGAUGGGCGGUGAUCGAAUUGACCCUAGUGCCUAUUUACUUGAGGAUGAUAAUGGAGAAACCCUCCUAUACCGGAUUGUUCAAGGUAUGGCCGUUGACUUCUCUGAAAGAAGGAGCAGCAGUAUGCCGAAGUGGCGUGAGCUGCUUUUUGAUGCUAUCACGGCAUCUGCCGACCCAUGCCAAUUGUCCUCUAGAUACGGGGCAAUUCGUACGCCUCUCACCACAGUCCUGCAAUACUAUACCAAGAAUUGGGCAGGAAUCAAACGAGCAAAUUAUAGAUUUGACUCCUUUAUCCAUUUCUGGGCAUCGGAGCUUCAGUUGGCCGGCGUUGAUUUAGCAGAGUACGGGGCGAAGGAGAAAUCAUUACAUAUGUCAGGCGUUGUUGGUCUGGAGAUCUUUAUAUAUGUUGGGUUUGAGAAGUCUGGCCCAGUAUAUAAUCCUGACAUAGGUGAAUAG